CAGUAGGCGCUGAUUACAAUUGCAGUUCCCUCUCCAGCUUCUAAGCGUCGCUGUCCGCUCUUCGUCUUGUUUUUGACAGCGAGCCAUCCCGUCCUCUCUCCGCGCAUGCGCCUCUCCGUCUCAUCUGCGUCGACGUGCAGAGCUCUGCUGAGUGUUGCUUCGGCGGUAAGAGAGUCUGCGCGUGAGGGGAGAGAAAAAAUGGCGGGAAGUAUGAAGGACAACCUGGCCGGGGAGCCCGGAGGAGAGGCACAACCCCUGUGUGUGAGGACAUCGGGGACCAAGUCUUGGCUUGUGGCCAGCGUGUUUCUCCGGAGGAAUGGACCGCCAAGAUAAAUGCCAUUGGUGCUAAAACAUUGAGGAACGUCUGUCAAAGCACAUCUAUGACAAGUGUCCUGCUGUAGCUGCAGAUGGUCUCGUCAAGCAGCUCCCUGACUACGACUGUAUCCGCAGUGCUAUGUGCUGGCUCCGUUUUCUGAUCUCCAUCCAGUUCAGGGGGCACAUUUUUUUGGAAUAA